GCGGCGUGCGUGUCCGACGAUUCACGCACGCAUCCCGCCAACUUCAAUGCCAACACUUGCUCCCAUUUCAAUUAUCCAUUCUAGCGAACCAUGACCACUAUAUACACACACACACACCCAUUUCAAUGUUCAUCUCGUUCCUCAAAUUCUUCCGGAAGUCUCUGUCUCUCAUUUUGAUUGAUACACACCGCAUCGAGGACCGCUUGUGUAAAGUACAGUGGAGGAAAUGAUGGCCAAGCUCUUAGUUUCAGCCCCUUGUUUAUCAAUUCCUCAAAGCUUCAAACGGAGGUGGGCUCCAGCUUCAUUGCCGCUCGCGGUGAUUUCUAGGUUCCAAGCUCCCAAAAGGCGUAUACUCGGCACGGAAGACAGAUUCUCGGCCUUCGACAGUUGGAUGGCUACGGCGGGACGGGGUGUGGAAUCUGCAGCGGGUGUGCCGACAUCAGUGCCGGUUCGAGUGGCCCACGAGCUUCUUCUGGCUGGACACCGGUAUUUGGAUGUCAGGACGCCUGAAGAGUUCACUGCUGGGCAUCCUGUUGGGGCCAUCAAUAUUCCUUACAUGUUCAAAGUUGGAUCAGGCAUGACAAAGAACCUUAAAUUUCUGGAGGAAGUAUUAUCACACUUCGGGAAAGAUGAUGAGAUUAUUGUCGUGAGUUCUAAUGGGUGCCAGGCUGGCAAAAGAUCAAUAGCGGCAGCAACUGAUCUUGUAUCAGCUGGUUUUACAGGUGUCACAGAUAUUGCUGGUGGGUAUGCUGCCUGGACACAGAAUGGACUUCCAGCAGAGACCUAAAAUGCUGGGUUUGAAAUAAGUCUAGGGUUUUGAUGUACAAAAUUAAGCACUUGAAUAAAAUGAAUCUGGUAAAGGUUGACAGUAUGUACCAUAGAUCCUGGGAUACAUCAUUGGAAAUGGUCGUCUCUCAUCUCAUCCACCUGUAAUUAACAUAUAAUAAUAAUACGGACUACUAUACUAGUUUCAGUGGCA